AUGUCAUUGGAUUUAUUUGAGACAGUUUUCAAAGAAACUUUUGUAUUGACUGACAAACGUAAGAGGGUCGGUAACUACAAUAUUGGACGAGUGUUAGGGAAGGGGGCUUUUGCCACCGUGAGGUUUGGGACCCAUCUCCUCAGCGGAGAACAUGCUGCCAUUAAGGUGGUACCAAAGAAGUCGAUCCUUCAAAAAGAGAGAUCAAAGAGAAGAUUUAACCGAGAGUUAUACGCCCUGAAACGUCUGGACCACCAGAACAUCGUACGUCUGAAAGAAUGGAUGGAAACGGACAGAAACUUUUACUUAGUACUGUCAUACAUAAACGGGGACACACUUAAACAGUAUCUAAAUGACAU